AUGGACGUUCAAGAUAUCAUUGGAAUUGCUUUGAUCUUGGCAACUGCCGGAUCUCUUGCAGCAAUUAUAGCACUGCCUGGAUGUGGAGGAAAAAAAAACGCAAAAUCAGCUGAAGGCGAAUCAAGUUUGAGCAGCAAAAAAGAUGGUGCGAAAACUCCUGAUGGAAGGGAAGGAUCUGAAGCCGGAACCCCUUCUCCUGGUGGUUCAGCAGCUCCAAGUGCUCCUGCUCCUGGAGGUGCACCCCCCCCCCCCCCCCCCUGCUGCAGCACCAAAACCUCCAAUGGCUGGUUAGUUAUUCAGAAACAAGAUAUUGAUAAUAUUCAAUAUAUUUUAGGAACUCACGAUCCAAACUACCAAACUCUUGCUGGAAUCGGCAAUGAUUGUUACGAAAAGAAGGAUGGAGCACCAGCCGCAGGAGGAGGAGGACCAGCUCCACCAGCGAAUGCAAAACCCGGAAUGGCAGCAACCCACGACCCGAACUAUCAAACAUUGGCUGGAUUGAAUAACAACGUAUUUGGAAAGAAGGAUGGUGCUGCUCCAGCUGCAGGUGGUGGAGGUCCAGCUGCUCCAGCUGAUCAGAAUGCAAAAGCAGCUACUCACGAUCCGAAUUAUCAGACAUUGGCUGGAUUGAAUAAUAAUGUUUUUGAUAAGAAGGAUGGUGGAGGUGCUCCUGCUGCAACACCUGGUGGACCAAAAGCUCCUGCAAAUAUCGGUGCAAAAGCAGCAACACAUGAUCCAAACUACCAAACGCUGGCUGGUCUUAAUAACAAUGUUUUUGAUAAAAAGGAUGGUGGAGGAGCUGGUGGAGCACCUGCCGGAGGAAAGAAACCACUUCAGCCAAUGAACAAAAAUCAAAAAGCUGCUACAUUGGAUCCAAAUUAUCAGACAUUGGCAGCAGUUGGCGGAGAUGUUUUUGGAGCUGAUAAGAAGGUUGGAGGAGCUGGUGCACCUGGAGGAAAGAAACCAAUUCAACCGAAUAAUAAGGGUCAAAAGGCAGCAACCAUGGAUCCAAACUACCAGACAUUGGCAGCUGUUGGUGGAGAUGUGUUCGGUGCAGAUAAGAAGAAGAAAUAG